ACAGUCAAACUUCCGGUUCAGGAAAUGGACUCGUCAAACAGAUAGAGACUCAACGAAAUACCAGUUUAGGGUGGUGUAACGUGUACAACUUAGUUUUUAACCCUACUAUUGAUUGUUUAUGUAGAUGAGAGAAAAAAUUCAGUAUUUGAAAUUUAUUAUAAUUUUAAAAUGCUGAAAUCAAAGAGAAAUUGAGAAUAAUAGUGGGGAAUAUGGCGGAUCAACAUUCUCGUUACAACAGCAGUCCAAACGGACCGCAGACUUCAAAUCCGUACGCACAAACGAUGCCAUCUGGCCACCUUGGUGGAAUGCAGAGCAAAAACUUGCAAGGACAGAAUAUGAAUACAUCUCAAAUGAAUUUUGUGGGAAAUAUACCAAGUACUAGGGCUCCGAUGAGUUACAAUGCUUCAUUAAAUGGACAUGGAACCCCUCCUCCUGUUAAUAUGCCACCCAUGCAGAGAAUGCAACCUCCAAUGGGAUUGCCUGUCAAUAGGUUUCAACCCCCUAUGAUGAAUGUGUCGGCACCAACACAGACAUUUAUGAAUGGUCCACCAAAUAGACCUUUAAAUGCAAAUUCAUCUCUAAAUUCUAGUGUGGCUCAACCUUCUCUUUCAUCAUCUGGAAAUUUUCCCAUUGGUAUUUCAUCUGCACCAGUUCCUGGGAUGCCUGGUUCAAUUUCAAAUAAUGCAGUGAACACUUUUAAUGCUGGUCAGACCUUUUCUCAUUCAAAUAGCCCGAUUCCUCCUAGUCUAUCUACUCAACCACCAGGCAGUGUGUCAGAACAAAGAACAUCAUCACAGCAGAGAACGGACACACCACCAACAGAGGGAGGUCUACCAGUACCUUUUCAUGGACAAGGUCAAUAUUCUCACCAAGUGGGCAUGUCACUUACUCCUGGAUUAACACCUAACAAUUCAGAGCCUACAUCCAGGAAGUCAUCGCGAGCCCCGUCUCCAAUAGAGACGCAGUCGUAUGAUGCAUUAGAAGGAGGGGAUUUCUCUAACAUUCAAAAUCAGAGUUUCCCAGGAUCAGGAGAAACAAGACAGAAUCCACAGAACCAAGUCCCCCCUGUAGCAAAUCAUGCAUUCAGCCAAGGAAACCCCAACAGGGGUUCACCACUUACCACUGGGAAUCCUUCAACCGCCAUUGGGGGUCCUCCCUCUACACCCAGAUCAAACCCUGCAGAACAAGGUGGUGCAUUUACUUCUUACCAAAGCAAACCUGGACCCCAGGGUCCAAUGAUAAGACCACAUGGAAUGUCCCAAAUGGGAAAUCCCCAAAGAAUGGGGGCACCUUCUGUAUCAUAUGCUGGUCAACCACCAAGACAGCCUCAAGCAGGAGUUGGUCAACAAGGAAUAGGGGCACCAGGAAGUAAUAUGCAGCCAACAGGUCCCCAAAGAACUACCAGUGCACCAAGUCCAUUUUCAGCUCCACAGCCAAUGGGAAUCCCUCCUGCAUCUAUGGGUGGUUAUGUACCACCAUCUUCAUUUGGUGGUCAGCAACCUCCAAGGGGUAUGCUACCUACACCAGUGCAAGGCUCAUUUCCCCCCACAUCAUCAAGUGGUCAGCAGCCACCAGUUGGUGGCCCUCCAUUGUCAGUAGCAGGAGGAAUGUACAACAAUCCAGGUCCUCCGUCAGGUCCCGCAGGUGUGCCACCACCCAGAGCUCCCAUGUCCUCACCACCUGGGAUGCCACCUAUGCCAAGACCUGGGCCACCAACAGGUGGACCGCCUGCAAUGCCAGGUUUGUACCAGCAACCAGGUAUGUUACCGGUGUCGUCAAGUGCACCACCAACAUCUUAUGGGACAACUCAGAUGCCUCCAGCAGGGUUUCCCCCUCAGACACAACCAGGGCAAAUUGGCAGUACUCCAUCUCGACCAAAGUACCCACAAAUGCCUACAUCACCUCCUACAACAUGGCAACCAAGCCAAAACCCUCCCCAGUUUUCUCAGCCAGGUGGUUAUCAACCUAACGCACAGCCUGGGUCCUUUCCCCCAAGUCAGUUUGGGUCAAACCAAGCUGGGUCAGGACAGGGAGGAAUGCCUCCUGCAGCACCAGGAGGUUUCCCUAUGACCUCUCAGCCGGGCAGUCUUAGUGCCAGUUUUAAUUCUAUGUCAUUACAGGACAGAGUAGUGAACUUAUUGAACGAGAAGAACCUCCUUCCACCGGAGGGUAUGGAAGUGGUGAAACCAAGAUUAAAUAACGAGUACAAAAAGGUCAACUGUCAGGCAGAUGUAUUCCGAUGCACACUAACUGCCAUACCUCAGACUUCUAGCUUACUGAACAAAGCCAGGCUGCCUUUGGGAAUAUUAAUUCACCCAUUCAAAGAUUUAUCACAACUUCCUGUGAUCCAGUCCAGCGUGAUAGUCCGUUGUCGUUCGUGUAGGACUUACAUAAAUCCAUUUGUUUUCUUUGUGGAUUCGCGACGAUGGAAGUGUAACCUUUGUUACAGAGUUAAUGAAUUACCAGAUGAGUUUUCUUAUGAUCCGGUCACUAAAACUUACGGCGAACCUCAGAGAAGACCUGAGAUUAAAUCAUCAACCAUAGAAUUCAUAGCGCCAUCGGAUUACAUGCUGCGUCCUCCCCAGCCAUCAGUCUAUCUCUUUCUUCUGGACGUCUCCUUUAAUGCUGUGGAAACUGGGUACCUGAGUAUUUUCUGUCAGCUGUUGCUGGAGGAAAUGGACAAGUUGCCAGGAGACUCCCGGACCCAGAUUGGCUUUCUUGCGUAUGAUAAGGCAUUACACUUCUUUAACCUUGCAGAGGGACUUUCCCAACCACAGAUGUUAACAGUAUCAGAUAUAGACGAUAUUUUCCUUCCUUGUCCUGAUAAUCUUCUAGUCAAUUUACAAGAGAGCAAGGAUCUGGUAAUGGAUUUGUUGAAUCAAAUUCCAUCUUUGUUUGAGGGAAACCUUGAGACAGGAAGUGCUCUUGGUGCUGCAUUGCUGGCUGCACAUAAGCUCGUGAGCCCAGUUGGGGGUCGAGUUACAGUCAUGCAAACAGUGUUGCCGACCGCUGGACCGGGUUCUCUCCAGUCCAGAGAGGACCCCAGUCUGAGGUCAGGGAAGAAUGUUGCAAAUCUUGGUCCAGCAAUAGAUUUUUACAAGAAAUUGGCACUGGAUUGCUCAGCCCAACAAGUAGCAGUUGAUUUGUUCAUGUUGAAUGGACAGUACGCUGAUAUUGCAAGUAUAUCCUGUAUAUCUAAAUAUUCUGGUGGGUCUGUCUAUCAUUACCCAUCAUUCCAUGCAGCUAAAAAUCCAUCAUUAUCAGAGAAAUAUGAAGCAGAUCUGAGAAGGUACCUGACGAGAAAGGUCGGAUUUGAAGCGGUGAUGAGAAUCAGAUGUACCAAAGGUUUAAGCAUCCACACUUUCCAUGGAAACUUCUUUGUGCGUUCCACUGACCUGCUGUCACUACCCAACGUCAACCCAGAUGCUGGGUUUGGAAUGCAGAUGUCCAUAGAAGAUUCUUUAGUUGACACAAAUACAGUUUGUUUCCAAGCAGCAUUACUUUACACAUCUAGUAAAGGUGAGCGUAGGAUAAGAGUCCACACUCUGUGCCUACCAGUGACAAAUCAGCUGUCUGAAAUCUACGCUGGAGCUGAUCAGCAGGCUAUAGCAGGGCUUCUGGCAAAAAUGGCUGUGGACAGAAGUGUGACCUCCUCCUUGUCUGAUGCCAGGGAUGCCCUGAUUAAUGCUGCAAUGGAUUCUGUAGCAUCAUUUGGAAGCACCAUUCCUCCAGCUCAGAGGAUAGGAAGUCUGCCAAUCAGUUACACUCUCAGAAUGUUGCCAGUUUUUAUCCUGGCCCUUCUUAAAUCUAAAGCUUUUCGAGUGGGCACCAACACACCCCUUGAUGAGCGCGUGUUUGCCAUGCAGCAGUUCAAGAGCUUGCCCGUGGGACAGCUGCUGAAGACUGUUUAUCCUGCCCUGUAUCCUCUUCAUGGCAUCGAAAACUAUAAUACAGAGAAGAGAGGAGACAUGCUUGUGCCCCAGCCACCUUUACUUCACUUGUCGUCUUCUAACAUUGAUCGCACAGGUGUCUAUUUGAUGGACACUCUGGACACUAUUUAUCUGUAUAUUGGCAGUGCUGCUCCUCAGAAUUUUAUACAGGAAGUGUUUGAUGUACCAGACUUCAUGUCCAUUCCGGAUGGCAUGAUUGACUUACCAGAGCUAGAAAAUGAAAGGUCCGACCUAAUGAGAAAUUUUAUCACGGACCUGUUGGAGAGCAGACCAGGAGGGGCCUGUUUCUGUGUUAUCAGAGAUGACAGUAAAAGACGUCUACAGUUCUUUGAACGCAUGGUUGAGGACAGAACAGAAUCGUCCAUGUCACAGUACGAGUUUUUGCAACAUAUAUUGAAACAGAUUAAGAGUUGAUGUUUACCCACAGAGGACAUUCAGCCAAAAUGUGUCGUGUUGAUGUGAUUAAAAAUUACACACAGAAGUAACACUUAAGUGUACAUGUGACUAUUUACUUCCUGUGUCAAAGGUCAUGUACUAUACCACUACCAAGUAGUAUAACUGUGAUGGUAUAAAUAAUAGCUGUAUUUUUUGUCAUAAAAAUGCAUUGUUCAUCGAUUUAUUAGUUUUUUUUUUAAUGUGCAUUCAUGUAUUUUUGAGCUUGAAUAAGCUUUUGUUGGAUUGGAAAUAAUCACUGAAAAAUAAAAGGAAAGUAUGGCGAGUAUAAAAUUUUGUUGAUGCAGUUUGUCUUUCAACUGGUAAGAAAUCUAUGUAGUUUAGUUGUUGUCGUCCAUUAAGGUUGAAUGUUUGAUGUAGCGAGUUGCAGGUUGUUUCCAGCUAAGACAAGGUAAAGUGAAAAUGCACACAGUAAAAGUACAAUACUUAUUCUUGGAUGUAUCUAGUCUUGUAAUGUGCAAGAAAAAUAAGUGCUUGUUGAAAACUUCAUUCCAUGCAAAAAUUCAGUUGCUGUUCAUAGCAUUGCUAUCUUCAGUUUGGACAUAACCCUAGAUAUUGUUUAUAUAGUAGUAUUUAUUGAUCAGAAUAUGUAAAAAAUCAAGUAAAUUCAUGACACUUGUCCAAGUGAAAGAAAUUUCUUUCAUUGCUUAUGUAUGCAUGUGUUUUGAAGUUAUUCCUGUUUAAGCUCUGUAUAGUUAUAAAGAAUGCUGCAGUUCACUGAAUACUCUUCUUUCUAAACUUGUGUACAUUGAACGUUUUUGAGUAUCUCAAAUUCUAUAGAUUUCAUGACUGCUUUUAUUUCAAAAUACAUAGCGAUGGAUUUUACCAAGCAACUGGUAGGACAAAGCAUACACUGAAUCUAAUGAGAUGAUACAGUGCCAUUAAUGGAAGCUGAUCUGUAAGGCUCGUGUAAAAAGGAGUGUUGAGAGUGUAUCAUUGGUGCUUUUUCAUGUGUAUCGAUUACCCCACAUUGUUGAUGGUCCAUUUGCUUUUAUGAUUGGCGGAGAUCUCUUUCUCAACAUUGUAAAUAAGUAACCUGUAUACGAAAAUGCAAUGAGUGUCAUGUAAUUUUUUAGGAGAGAGUAAAUCUAAUAUGAAACCCGAAUAAAAUGUUUUUAAAAGUU